AUGCUUAUAUGUCUCACAAUCAGCACAGCGAAUCAAUACGAGAAGCAUCUUGGUAAUGUCUCCGAAACCACUCUCGAGUCGUUAGACGCUUUGAUCACCCUUUUCGAUGCCUCCAUGCCCUUGACGCCGCUGCAACGCGAAGUUUUGAACAAGUCCUGCGAGAUUUCCUACCACAACAACGCGCCGUUGUACAUCGCUCUCAACAAAACCGACCUCGUCGAACCCAAAAUCAAACUGCUCGAUCUUUCCAACACACUUUCCGAGUGGAUCUGGCACAAGAAGAUGGAGAUGAUUAACAAGACAGCAAACCCGACGUUGGAGCAAUUGCAAUGGGAGAACGAAGAGCUGUUCAUGAUCUCGGCAUUACAAAGAGAUGAAACGGACGGGAUUCUGAAAUCUCUUUACAAGAAGGCGAAGCCAGGAGAGUGGAAGUUUAAAUCGCAGGAAGUAACGAAUCUGAGCCUGGAUGAGCGUGCUCACGAGAUUCAAAUUCCGUUCGAUUGGACGAUGCAAGCCAAGGGAUGGAACGAUGGAGUGUAUUGUGAAACGAUUUCUUUACCGGACGAAGCGCAGCUGAGGGCGCUGAGAGUGAUUAAGAAGCGUGUUGAGAAGACGGCAGCGAAUGAUUUGUCGAAGUUGAAGGGUGAACCAGUAAACGUAUCUGUUAGUUUAGAACUAUCCCAAAAUUGA